AUGAUAUCUGCUGUUGUUGCAGUACAAGCUAGGAAUUGUCCUACUGGCGGGGGAAAGAAGGGGGUUACCAUUCAGAAUGCUUAUGAGAAUCUCAUUCACGACACGAUUAGAGGCGAUCAGCAACAAUUCGUUCGUAGAGAUGAAUUGGAGGCAUCGUGGAAGAUCUUCACCCCGUUAUUGCACAGAAUUGAUAGAGGGGAGUUCAAGCCACUCCCUUAUGAGGCAUACGGUAGAGGCCCGAAAGAGGUCGAUGAAUUGCUGCGAAAAGCGGGCUAUGUUGAAACACCCAUUGUUGUAAAGAGCCCGGGCUUUUAGUUGCUUAUA